CGCCCCCUACGUCACCGGCCCCCGCCCACGAAACUCUGGAGCCUCUCGCGCUGUCCCCUCUGCGCGUUUUCGACUGCUUCGCUGCGCCAUGGCGUUCGUGACCAGGCAAUUCGUGCGCUCCAUGUCCUCUUCCUCCUCCUCCGCGUCCGCCGCCGCCAAGAAGAUCCUGAUCAAGCAUGUAACGGUCAUCGGCGGCGGGCUGAUGGGCGCGGGUAUCGCGCAGGUGGCUGCAGCAACUGGCCACACAGUUGUAUUGGUGGACCAAACAGAGGACAUCCUGGCAAAAUCCAAGAAGGGAAUUGAGGACAGCCUGAGGAGGAUGGCAAAGAAGAAGUUCACAGAAAACCCUAAGGCUGGUGAUGAGUUUGUGGCGAAGACCCUGAGCUGCCUCUCGACCAGCACGGACGCAGCCUCCGUCGUGCAUAGCACAGACCUGGUGGUGGAGGCCAUUGUGGAGAAUCUGAAGUUGAAGAAUGAGCUGUUUCAGCGGCUGGACAAAUUCGCUGCAGAACAUACGAUCUUUGCCAGCAACACCUCUUCUCUGCAGAUCACAAGCAUAGCCAAUGCCACCACCAGACAAGACCGAUUUGCUGGCCUCCAUUUCUUCAACCCAGUCCCCAUGAUGAAGCUUGUGGAGGUCAUUAAAACACCAAUGACUAGCCAGAAGACGUUUGAAUCUCUGGUCGACUUUUGUAAAACCUUAGGAAAGCAUCCUGUUUCUUGCAAGGACACUCCUGGAUUCAUCGUGAACCGUCUCUUGGUGCCGUACCUCAUAGAGGCCAUCAGGCUACAUGAGCGAGGGGACGCGUCCAAGGAGGACAUUGACACCGCCAUGAAGUUGGGAGCUGGGUACCCCAUGGGUCCUUUUGAGCUUCUUGACUACGUUGGGCUGGAUACUACGAAGUUCAUCUUGGAUGGGUGGCAUGAAAUGGACCCAGCGAACCCCCUGUUUCAGCCCAGUCCUUCCAUGAAUAAUCUGGUGGCCCAGAAGAAGCUGGGCAAGAAGACUGGAGAAGGAUUUUACAAGUACAAGUGAUGCUUCAAGGGUCCCUCAGCAAGCAGCACCCCGAGCCAGCCCUGGGGCAAGAAUGAGCGCACUGUGGGUGAUGGCUGCAAGGCUUGCCAUGGCUGCCCGCCCUUGCAGUCUCUCUGAAGUAAUCUUUUGACUAGUUGCAGAAAUAAGGUUAUUCCACUGAGAUCUAAUUCUCUGCCUUAGUCUGUUCUCCUCUGUGUGUUUUUCUGUGCCUUGGAGCAAGCAUCUCUUUUCUGAACCGUGCUGUUUUUUGGUAAAAGCAUUGCUUAGACUCACUCACUCGGGUCUUCUGAAAAUGAGUAUGCCAUGUUUGUCGGUGUUGAACCCAGGGGUUAGGCGCUGUCGUGCCCAUAGGCACAUCUAAGGGCCUUGCCUGUAGCCCUCAUCCUCAAGCCUUAGCCCACAUUCUGGGCAUCUGCCUUUGCUUCCCUCUCACCAGGACAGGGCUCCUGGAGUGGUGGGCGAGUCCCUGGGAACUUGGUGUCUGGGAAAAGGCCCAUCUUCGUGGCCAUUCAAAUCUUCACCAUCACUGCUCGUCUCUCUCAGUUUUUCAUGAGAAAUCAAUGCUACAAAGUGCCUAUGGAUUGACUCUCCUAAAAUGCAGUCUUUUACUCUGUAAAAAUGGGAGUGGAAAUAAAUAAACUUAUCUAACUUAAAAUCAUAAAAUGCUUAAGUA